AUGAGUGCACCCGACGGUGACGACGCGCAAUCUGCUUAUGGCGACAACGCAGGAGGUCCCGGUGCACCCACCCCGCUGACGGCUCUAGAGGGCGUAGCCGGUCUGACGGCACGCGACGUCAAGCUUGUCAUUGAUGGCGGCUUCAAUACAGUGGAAUCCGUUGCUUACACGCAAGUAUGCUCCUCUCGACUGAUCCUCCGUGCAGCAUCCAAGCUCGUGCCCAUGGGCUUCACCACUGCAACAGAGAUGCAUCAGAGACGGUCAGAACUCAUCUCAAUAACAACAGGGUCAAAGCAGCUUGAUACACUAUUAGCGGGAGGUAUAGAAACCGGCUCUGUCACAGAAAUUUUUGGAGAGUUUCGGACCGGAAAAUCUCAGAUAUGUCACACGCUUGCUGUAACAUGUCAAUUGCCAUUCGACAUGGGUGGUGGCGAAGGAAAGUGCCUGUACAUUGAUACAGAAGGUACUUUCCGGCCAGCGUCCAGUAUGAUGUGCGAAACACGAUUCUCACUACUAGUCGUAGACUCGGCGACAUCACUCUACCGUACUGACUUCUCCGGCCGUGGCGAGCUUUCUACAAGACAAACACAUCUUGCAAAAUUCAUGCGGACAUUGCAACGCCUAGCUGACGAGUUUGGCAUCGCGGUCGUCAUCACUAACCAAGUAGUGGCCCAGGUCGACGGAGGACCCAGUGCUAUGUUCAAUCCUGAUCCAAAGAAACCCAUUGGAGGCAACAUCAUUGCUCACGCUAGUACAACACGUCUAAGCUUGAAGAAAGGACGAGGUGAGACAAGAAUAUGCAGGAUUUACGACAGUCCUUGCCUGCCUGAAAGUGAUUGCAUGUUUGCAAUAACAGAGGAAGGCAUUGCAGAUCCUGCACCGAAGGAUCUUGAGAAGGACUGA